UUAUGCUCAGUUCGGCUAGUGUGAAUUAGGGUCGGAUUUGAUCUCGGCCGAAUUUUUCCCAACAGUCACUGACAUUUGUCAUUGAUAUGUCCGGUCGUGCUUCAAGAUUUGUUGUAAAAUUAUUUUUCACCCUUCAUGGCCUCAGUUAGAUCCUGUUUCAAGCAAAACUAAAUUUGAAAUUCCAAAAAACAACUUUCUAGUCUGGCUAAUCCAAAAAUAAAAGAAAAAAAAGUUUUCUUGCGACUCAAAAACAUUUUAUUUCUCUAAAAAAAAACAAUAUGUCAAGUAGUCAGUCCGAAGAGUCCGUUUCGGAGAAAGAGGGGCAUAUACUGCGUCUCCCUGUCGAGAUUAUUGAAAACAUCUUUUUACGCUUAGAUGCAGAUUUUUUGAUGUGGAGUGUGAGAUGUGUAUGUAAACGAUUUUGCUCGAUAUUAACGGAUGAAGUUUUCUGGAAAAUGCAUUACAUUAAAAGAAGAAAAGCGGUCACAAAUAGAAAUUAUAAAAACCCCUACCCAAUUCUGGAGAAGUACGGCUUGUAUAACAAGAGUUGGAAAUCCGGGUUAGAUAUACAAUGGCGAGAUCUUGCUGUACACUUCACAACAGAUGUAAAAAAAUGGGCGUUUACAAAACGUUUGUCCACGAGAAAAUUGACUGUACCCCAUGCAGCGUCUGUAGACGCUGUAUGCAUCCUCAAAGGAGCAGAACAUUGUAUAAGCGGAGGAAGAGAUCGUUUAUUAGCUGUCUGGGAUAUAAAAACGUGUAAAAACGUUACCUGCUAUGAAAAGGCUCAUUCUGGUUGGAUUUGGGAUAUUGAUGCGUAUGACAAUGAUCAUUUUUUUUCAUGUGGCUGGGAUUCUAAUGUCGUUCAGUGGAGUCUACGUUCGACAGAUGUCCAACCAAUAGAAAUUUACAGAUGUGAAAAUCCUGCAAUGACUAUUGCCUGUAAACAAGGGCUGGUGGCAGCUGGUUUACUCGAUGUACCACGUAUAUUACUGAUAGAUCCACGGAUUCAGGUGAUUGAUUUUAAAUCGAAGGUUCAAGCGCAUAGAGGUGCUAUCACUGAUAUAUGCAUUUAUGAAAACACCUUACUUAGUGUAAGUGAAGAUAAAACUAUGGCUAUUUAUGACCUACGCAUGAAAAAAACAAUUAGGGAAAACAUAAUGAUAGCUGUAGAUGAAUCAUUUCCAAGAUCUAUCGGUGUAAAACAUAAUUUAGUUUAUGUUGGGGAUACACGAGGAAAUAUUCAUGUAUUUGAUUCGAAUGACAAUUUUAACCGAGUUCAGGUAGUUCAGCUUGGAUUGGAUUGUAAACAGAUAACUGCAGUUGUGCCGAGAUUAGGAUCGUUAAUUGUUGGUUCAACAGACAAGACUGUUAGACUUCUUGUUCCUUCAAAACCACAUUUUACAUACAGAGAGUAUAGAUUCGGUGGUGAAGUCACAUCGAUGGACUGCAAGCAAAAUGUGAUAGCCGUUGGGGCGACUGACCAUUCAGUGACAUUACUCAAAGGAGUUCCAGAGACCUGUUAUUUGGCUGAUAAUAUCGAGUUAUAACUUUUUAAUUGUUAAUGAAACGCUAUCAUAUUUUAUUUUUUUAAAUUGAAUAACUAAUAAAUUUUUAUA